AUGGCUCACCAGCAUUUUCAAAUAUUUUCAACAAUGAAGUUCUAUUUCUGUGUAUUGUUCUGUAAGUAUUGUGAUAUAAAUUAUUUCAGCUUUUCUGUGCUGUAUGUUGACAAUUUCAUAUUCCAGGCUGUAGCUUGGUGUCCGUGGCAGAACAAUCUCCUUGCAACGGGUGGAGGGACUGCCGACCGCACCAUCAGAUUGUGGAACUGCACAACUGGAAUUUGCCUUAAAGAUACCACAACUAAUUCUCAGGUGUCAUCCAUUGUUUGGUCUGCACACUACAAAGAGUUCAUAUCAGGCCAUGGAUUCUCUAACAAUCAGCUGACCAUCUGGAAGUACCCAUCUAUGGCAAAGGUGGCUGACCUCACAGGUCACACAGGCAGAGUACUGGAGCUGUGUGUGUCUCCUGACGGCCAGAUGGUAGUGAGUGCAGCUGCUGAUGAGACCAUCCGGAUGUGGAAAUGCUGGGCCAUGGACAAAAAGGACAAGAAACAGGCCGAUGCAAACAAAGGCCAUCCGAUAUCCAUGCUUGCUCAGACCAUUCGAUAAAUUGUAUGGUCAAGCCAGCCUUCCACCUCUUUCCUCUGUGUUUAUCUUUAUUAUUAUUAUUAAUAUUAUUAUUAUUAUUAUUAUUAUUAUUAUUAUUGAUAGGUCCAUCAUAGGGAUUUUUUUUUUACAUUCCUAAACAAUCACCUGAGUGGGUGUUGUUUGAAUUCCUCUUUGCAAAAUGUGAUUUUAUAAGAUUUUCUAAAACAUCAGGAAUGAAUGUACAGAAUCUCAUGUUAAUUACCAAAUCUAUAUCUCUUCAACUUUUAAAUGUGUUCAUGGCAGACAUGAUAUGAUUUUCUUCUCAGAUUUGAUUCUUGUAACUUUGGUUCAUUCUUUAAUAUUUUGUAUUAAAUGUGAAAUGAAUGUGACUUGCAUCUUUGUUAUAAGAACUGCUAGAUGUUUUGUAAUUGUCAGGGAUCUACCAUUUCUGCCUUACCUAUGGUAGACUUUUUAUGUAUUGGAAGUUCUCCAUCCAUAAGAUAUGUAAUAUUUAGAUACCAAUGACUUUAUUCGUCGAAAUGGAGAUGGUAGAAGUCUCAAAACUGCAUAAUUUCUUCUUGCAGCUGUAAAUAUACUUGUCUAUUACCUAUAUAAUUUAUAAGCUUUAACAGGAAUAAAUUUUCAGUGAUUUAUGUGUGUCUGGUUUAUGUAUCACUAUUGGAUAUUUUGUAUAGAUAUAGUGUAGAAUCAAUUGCACAGAUUAUAGUACAUUGGUUGCCAGUACUUCCAAAGAACAGCCUCCUUUGUUUCUGUGCAUUAUGCCUUCUUAAUUUCUGUAGCACUAUUUUUUAUGGCUUGAAAUAAACAUCACUUUGUUU